AUGCGUCGCUUCCUCUGGAAUGCGGGUAAUAUUGGUAAGGUUAAAGCUAAGGUUGCGUGGAAUGAUGUAUGUCUUCCGAAACAUGAAGGUGGCCUAGGCAUUAGGCGGGUUGGGGAUGUAAACAGAGCCCUAAUCACUAACCAUAUCUGGAGCAUUCUGGUAAAACGCAAGUCAUUAUGGGUGCAAUGGAUCUAUGAUUAUAAAGUGAAGGAUCAGAAUUUCUGGGAGAUUCAAUGUAGGGGUAGUAUGAGUUGGGGGUGGAGGAAGAUUCUUUCCAUUCGCAACAUUGUUAGGCCUUUCGUUUGGAAAGUCAUUCGGUCUGGAAGGCAAACAAAUGCUUGGAGUGACAACUGGUGUCACUUGAGUCCUCUUAGGGCGAUGAUAACUCCAAGAAGAAUUGCAAAUGCGGGUUUUAAUCUCAGUUCUUCGGUUGCGGAUUUGCUUGACAACAAUGGUCAAUGGAAGUGGCCUCAAGCGUGGUAUGAUCUCUAUCUAGUUUUGAUUGAGUUGAGCCUUGAUAUGCCUAACCCUCAGCUACAGGAUCUAACGGUUUGGAAGGAUUUGGAGGGCAAGCAGCGACAUUUUAGUUCGUUGGAAGUUUGGCACAAUAUUCGUACCCGAGUCACUCCUAUUAGCUGGGCGAAUAUGGUCUGGAGGGACGUAAGGGCUAUGGUUGAUAUGGAUACCGUUAAUGGAUCUUGGGCUUCAGUUUUGGCGUGGAUGGAGCAGCACUCAAAUUCAAAUACCUUAGAUCGUGUGCCGCCACUUCAUGCACUACUCCCUAAAGUUCACAUGGAGUAUGAUAUGGUGGUCGCAAAUCUUGAUUGGACCAAAACUGAUCUAGCCUACAACUCAACCAAUGGCACACAACAAUCAAUCAACAUGACUCACAAAUAUAAAACACUUCAAAACUGA